AUGUUGAACACAGUGUCGUCGGGACCAACAACUCUCGAGAACACGUUCAAUUCUGUACAUUCCCGAUUUUUAAAAUUUGAUACCAGCGUCGGAUCAUUCAUCAUUGAGCUCUACACUUCACAUGCUCCGAUCACUUGCCAACAUUUUCAACAGCUUGCUCUCGAUGGAUAUUAUAAUGAUACUCUCAUUCAUACGAUACAACCUAAUCAUGUAGUCAUCGGAGGAGAUCCAACCAACACAGCGAAAGGUGGCACUCCUUUUGAUGGAUAUUUAAAUGAACUUGCUACAAGUAGACUCAAACAUACAGGAGCAGGAAUAAUCGGAAUGUGUGAAAAUUCACAAUUUUAUAUUACGCUAGCACCAACUCCUUGGAAUGAUGGUAAAUAUGGUGUAUUUGGUCGUGUUAAAAAAGGAAUGAACGUAAUUAAAGCAAUCAGUAAGAUUCCAACUGGCAACAAGCAAAAUACGAUUAUGGGAGGAAACGUGGAAGAAGAAGGUACAACACCUUUGGAAGACAUUACGAUUCACAGUAUUGUGGAAGUGAGUGAAGAUGAAAUUAAGUAA